AACCACUACAUCCUCCAAUCAGAUUGAUGUGUUCGGUGGGCUGCUGCUGUUACGAGUAAACUACGGGAAAUAUCCGGUGAAACUCGAGGCUGGAAGUGACCGUGAGAGGCGCCUUCUGCUGCUGUUUAGAGUGUGCCUGGAUUUCUGCUUUAGAUUAGAUGGAUCCAAAAAAGACUCCAGAUUUUAGUAGGAUAACCAGCACCCCUUGGUUGGGACGUGGACGAGGGCUGCAGCCUGUGGAGCCAGCUGUAGGACGUGGUAGAGGGUUUCUACCUUUUACUGAAGAAAGUAUUGUAGAACAGGCCAAAACAGUUCCUGCUCUUAGCGACAAACUACAAGAGCUAGGUGUGACAGGCUUCACAGAACCUGGUAUUGGACGGGCCAGAGGGCUGCUGGUUCAGCCCUAUGGAGGGGCCCGGGGCCGGGCCAGGGGACUGGCCUUUGCAGGUGGAGAACCACAGUUAGGAGUUGCACAAGGUGCAGUUUUACCCACUCUGCAGCUCAAACCUGGACCAGCUCCUGUAGAAGAACCCAAAAAGCAGGAACAGGAAACAACUGAGGACAUACCACUUCAAGGCCAGGGAUCCACUCUUGUCUCAAUGUUUAGGGGAAUAGGGAUUGAGCCCUCAUUGUCAUCAUGGGGAAGAGGAUCCAUACCAGUGGGAAGAGGUUUUGCUGGAGAACUGGAUAAACCUGCACAGCCGUCAUUCUCCUCUCCACUCUCCAGUGGGACAAAAAGCCUGGGCAAACCAGAAGAGGCCCUAGGUCGUGGCAGCAGUUUGCUUGGGCAUCAGCGGAUGAUGGGGCUUGGCAGAGCAGCGAUGCCACAGAUAGGAGCUGGACGAGCACAGCCGUUUCUGUCUGCUGCUCCUGGCCGUGUGGAUCCAGUGACUCCAGCUUUACCUGCAGUUUUACCAGAAACACCUCCACAAACACCUUUAUCUCUCUCAGAAGAGAAUGUCCGUAAGAGCCCACCUAUCCUGGAAUCAGCAAAGUCUGAAGUCAGAAUGGAGGCAAUUGGCGAGCCUCUUCCCAAAAUUGGAACCAAAGGAGUACCUAUUACCAUUGGCUCAAACCACAUUGUUGUACGAUGCAAGAAUGAGGCAGUCUAUCAGUACCAUGUUACAUUUGUCCCCAAUGUUGAAUCCAUAGCCAUGCGUUUUGGUAUGAUGAAAGAUCACCGCUCAACCACAGGAGAAGUGGUGGCAUUUGACGGUUCUAUCUUGUACCUUCCAGUGAAACUGAAUGACGUGGUCCUCCUCAAAAGUCUAAGGCGGACGGAUAAUGAGGAAGUGCAAAUCAAAAUUCAGAUGACAAAGAUCUUGCCACCAAGUUCUGAUUUGUGUAUUCCUUUCUACAAUGUAGUGUUGAGAAGAAUUAUGAAAAUCAUUGGUUUGAAGAUGGUUGGACGUAAUCACUUUGAUCCAGAAAGUGCUGUCAUUCUUGGAAAACACCGACUUCAGGUAUGGCCAGGUUUUGCCACAAGUAUAAAACACUUAGAUGGAGGCCUGCUUCUCAAUGUGGAAGUUAUUCACAAAGUGUUAAGGAACGAUUCUGUGCUGGAUGUAAUGAAUGUAUUGUAUCAGCAAAGCAAGGAGAACUUCCAGGAUGAGUGCACAAAAGAGCUCUUGGGUAGCAUUGUGAUCACACGCUAUAAUAACCGCACAUACCGCAUAGAUGCCAUUGAGUGGAAUAAGUCACCCAAAGAUACAUUCACUCUGACGGAUGGCACCAAAACCACCUUUGUUGAAUACUACAGCAAGAACUAUGGCAUUACCAUUAAGGAGAUGGACCAGCCUCUGCUCAUGCAUCGCCCAAAGGAACGCUCAAGGCCAGGAGGAAAGCAAGUCAUCACUGGGGAGAUCCUUCUGGUACCAGAGCUUUCCUUCAUGACUGGUAUUCCUGAGAAAAUGAAAAAGGACUUCAAAUCAAUGAAGGACCUGACGAAGUACAUCAAUGUGAGCACAGAACAGCACACUCACUCGAUAAAACAGCUUCUGAAGAAAAUCAACAGCCACCCAGACAGUCAGAAGGAGCUUAAUAAGUGGGGCCUUGAAGUCAGCUCUGAGAUUGUCAUCGUUAAAGGAAGAUCUCUACCCCUUGAGACAAUCUGUUUGCAGAGUUCAUCUUUCACUACAGGGUCCGAUAUGUCCUGGUCUCGAGAGAUUGUCCGAGAUCCCUCCAUCAGUGCAAUCCCUUUGAACACUUGGGCCAUCUUCUACCCUCGCCGCUGUGCUGAGCAGGCAGAGGAGCUGGUGACAAGUUUCAGAAAGGUGGCAGGACCCAUGGGCAUUAGAGUGGAGCGCCCCAUUCAUAUGGAGCUCCAGGAUGACCGCACAGAAAGCUAUGUAAAGAGCAUCCACUCACAACUCACUAGCAAGCCCAACAUCCAGCUGAUUGUGUGCAUUAUGGUUGGCAACAGGGAUGACCUUUACAGUGCUAUCAAAAAACUUUGCUGCGUUAAAAGCCCAAUCCCAUCUCAGGUAAUCAAUGUUAGGACCAUAUCUCAACCUCAGAAACUGAAGAGCAUUGCCCAAAAAAUUAUCCUGCAGAUCAACAGUAAACUUGGUGGUGAGCUGUGGACAGUCAAUGUCCCUCUGAAAAAAUUAAUGGUGGUAGGUGUUGAUGUUCACCAUGACACUAGCAAGGCCCAUCGGUCCGUUAUGGGCUUUGUUGCAAGUGUGAACAGCUCACUGACCCGAUGGUACUCAAGAGUAACUUUCCAGACCCCCACAGAGGAGCUCAUCCGUGGCUUCAGGGUUUGCUUGUUGUCUGCUCUGCAGAAGUACUACGAGGUCCAGCGUGCAGAGGAUGGCCCGGACCUAUCUGACCAACAUGCUCGGAGGACGGCACAAGACCACGGACCAGACCCCCAGGUCCAUUUUGAGGAGCUGCACACUACGGUGAACCACAAUUUGCCAGAGAAAAUUGUGGUUUAUCGUGAUGGGGUGUCUGAAGGCCAGCUCAAGAUGGUGGAGCAGUAUGAAGUCCCACAGAUCCUAAAAUGCUUUGAAACAUUCCCCAACUACGAACCCAAACUGGUCUUCAUUGUGGUCCAAAAGCGCAUCAACACUGUGCUCUACUCCUUGUCUGCAAACACCUUUGGAAGUACAGCUCCAGGGACUGUCCUGGACCACACCCUCACAAACAGGAAGUGGGUGGACUUCUUUUUGAUGGCGCACACCAUACGCCAAGGCUGUGGACUUCCAACUCACUACAUCUCUGUGUACAACACUGCAAAUCUGUCACCUGACCAUCUGCAAAGACUCACAUUCAAGAUGUGCCAUUUGUACUGGAAUUGGCCAGGUACCAUUCGUGUUCCAGCUCCCUGCAAGUACGCCCACAAACUGGCCUUCCUGGCAGGGCAGUAUCUGCAUUCUGAACCUGCCAUCCAACUAUCAGACAAGCUCUUCUUCCUCUGAGGUGCACAAGUCAUGGACCAGAAAGACCUUAAAUAUUAGAACAAUAUUAGCAGCAGCAAAUGAUUGUUUUAUUUUUCUCUUUUGAAUCUUGCAUGGAUAAGUGUUGGUUGCAAUGUACAAUAGGGCUAUCACCAUAAUGUUGGAUUGUACAGUAAGUAUAUUUCUUAUUUUUAUUACCAGAUUUUGUCAAAAAGUGAUUACGUUUUAUUGUUCAGGGAAUCACGUGCUUUUUCGUUGUGGAAAUGGUUUGAGCUUUGAUUUCGCAGGUUUG